GCGCGCCCAAUCGGGGCGACGCCUUCGUCUUACCCGGGGACUCGUGGGGUAACCUGCUCUUAGGAACCAGCACUAUGGCGUCGGGCUGCAAGAUUGGCCCGUCCAUCCUCAACAGCGACCUGGCCAAUCUAGGGGCCGAGUGCCUCCGGAUGCUAGACUCUGGGGCGGAUUAUCUGCACCUGGAUGCACCCUGCUCUUCAGGGAGGUCAGUGUUUUUGCAUUUUGUUCCCAACAUCACCUUUGGUCACCCUGUGGUAGAAAGCCUCCGAAAGCAGCUAGGCCAGGAUCCUUUCUUUGACAUGCACAUGAUGGUGUCUAGGCCGGAACAGUGGGUAAAGCCAAUGGCUGUAGCAGGAGCCAAUCAGUACACCUUUCAUCUCGAGGCGACUGAGAACCCGGGGGCUUUAAUUAAAGACAUUCGGGAGAAUGGGAUGAAGGUUGGCCUUGCCAUCAAACCAGGGACUACAGUUGAAUAUUUGGCACCAUGGGCUAAUCAAAUAGAUAUGGCCUUGGUUAUGACUGUGGAACCUGGGUUCGGCGGGCAGAAAUUCAUGGAAGAUAUGAUGCCAAAGGUUCACUGGUUGAGGACCCAGUUCCCAUCUUUGGAUAUAGAGGUCGAUGGUGGAGUAGGUCCUGACACUAUCCAUAAGUGUGCAGAGGCAGGAGCUAACAUGAUUGUGUCUGGCAGUGCCAUUAUGAGGAGUGAAGACCCCAGAUCUGUGAUCAACCUGUUAAGAAAUGUUUGCUCAGAAGCUGCUCAGAAACGUUCUCUUGAUCGAUGAAACCAUAGGAGCCCAAUGUUUCUGCUCAUGAAAUCUUUACUGGAAAACAGGAAUAUUGACUACCAGAUCAUAUUGCAGUUGAGGCAGUACUGUUUUUCGAAGCAAUUAUUCAUUCCAGUGAUUAAAAUCUAUUGUGCAGAAU